AUGUCAGCAGCAGCGGCAACCGAAGCCCCCGCGCCAACUGUGCAACACCUCCCUGGUACAUGGAAUAUUCUCUUGGCCCAAUUUCCGGCUCCAGAGGACAUCGGAGACGUCGAUCCAGCCUCUGAAGCGCAGAAGAUCGUUCAUCUUCUCAACAGGAGCAUCUUCGACUCCAAUUUCCAUGCAGCGGGAGAUCUCUUUACUGCCCAGGGCUAUUGGCGUGAUCAUUUGAUGCUCUCAUGGAGUUUCAGAACCGUUCAAGGGCCUGGGAAAAUCCAAGAGUUUCUGGAGCAAUGUGCUAAGUCGCGAGACGGGUUCCGAAUCAAACAUCUCGCAAUCGACUCCAGCAGUCCCGCUCGUCAACCCACCGUGUCGCCCAUCGAUGGUGAGGGUAAGGUGACUGGGGUAUCUGCUUUCCUGUCCGUCGAAUCCGUGUUGGGAGCCGGGGAAGGGUUGGUUCGAUUAGCAAAAGAAGAUGGAAAGUGGAAGAUAUACACAAUCUACACAAGUCUACGAUCCUUGAAGGGCCAUCCCGAGGGCGCUUAUUCAGGUCGACCGCAGGGUGUGAAUCAUGGCGAACAAAUUGGGCGACAAAAUUGGGCAGACCGGCGUUCCUCCGCUCGUGAUUACCGAGACGGAAGCGAACCUGCAGUGCUAAUUGUUGGCGCCGGGCAAGCUGGCUUAACCGCUGCCGUCAGGCUCCAGAUGCAAGGAGUCAAUACUCUGAUCGUUGACCGCAAUGAUCGAGUAGGCGAUAAUUGGAGAAGACGGUACCAUCAUUUGGUUUUGCACGACCCUGUGUGGUAUGAUCAUCUGCCGUAUUUGAACUUUCCCCCGCAAUGGCCUGUCUUUACGCCCAAAGAUAAGCUGGCUCAAUGGUUUCAAUCUUACGCUGAUCUUAUGGAACUGAACGUUUGGACAAAGACCGCAUUGACAGAGGCUUCUUGGGAUGAAGCCGAGAAGCGCUGGACGGUCCACAUUGAGCGCACAAAAGCAGACGGUUCCCAGGAGAAGCGCACUUUUCAUCCACGUCAUAUUAUCCAGGCAACAGGUCAUUCUGGGCAAAAGAACGAACCGGUAAUCAAGGGAAGGGAGUCAUUCCUUGGUGAUUUCAUUUGCCACUCUUCUGAGUUCCCGGGGGCCCGAGAAGACGCCAAAGGAAGGAGAGCUGUGGUGGUUGGGAGCUGUAACUCGGCUCUUGAUAUUGCGCAAGAUUUCUAUGAAAAGGGCUAUGACGUUACAAUUGUGCAACGAUCCAGCACGCACGUUGUGUCAUCUUAUGGCAUCACUGAGAUUGCCUUGAAAGGACUAUACUCUGAGGGUGGCCCCCCUGUGAUGGAUGCCGAUCUGAUCGUGCAAAGUAUGCCCAACAGCAUGCUCAAGGCAAUCCAAGUUAAAGUGGCCGAAAUGCAGCGUGCUCACGACAAGGACAUGCUCGAAGGACUUGCAAAAGCUGGAUUCAAAGUUGACAAUGGGCCAGAUGGGUCUGGCGUGUUCUUCAAAUACUUUCAGAGAGGGGGAGGAUACUACAUUGACGUAGGCGCGUCCAAGUUGAUCAUUGAUGGUAAGAUCAAGGUGAAGCAAGGACAGGAGAUUGCCGAAAUUCUCCCUCACGGGCUGCGACUCAGCGACAAUUCUGAACUACAGGCCGACGAAAUUGUACUUGCGACGGGAUACCAAAGCAUGAGAACCCACGCAAGACAAAUCUUUGGCGACAAGGUCGCUGAUAAAGUGGAAGAUGUAUGGGGAUUUAACGAAGAAGGCGAAUGGCGAACCAUCUGGCAGCGUAGCGGUCACCCUGGUUUCUGGUUUCACGGCGGCAAUCUCGGUCUCUGCAGGUAUUACUCUCAACUUCUGGCUCUUCAGAUCAAAGGGCUAGAGGAGAAGCUAUAUGAGCUCGAUGAAAAGUAG